UUACGAAGACCGCCUUUAAGUCCGAAUAAAACCGUAUUGUUUGAAAGCAAUUAUCAUUAACUAUACACACGAAGGCGGAAGAGAAAGAAUAUAACGCGGCUAGGUGACUGAUUUCUGGCACAGAGCUACGGGGUCACGAUGCAAGGGAUCGGGAUUGUCGAUAAGAACAGCAGCGGGAUGCGCCGACUCAAGCAGUGGCUAAUCGAUCAGAUCGACAGCGAUCAAUACCCGGGCUUGGUGUGGGAUGAUGAUCAGCGAAUUACCUUUCGGAUUCCCUGGAAACACGCUGGAAAACAGGACUACAACCAGGAGGUGGAUGCCUCCAUAUUUAAAGCAUGGGCCAUCUUUAAAGGAAAGUAUAAAGAAGGUGAGAAAGCAGAGCCUGCCACAUGGAAGACGAGGCUUCGCUGUGCACUCAACAAAAGCCCAGACUUUGAAGAGGUGACAGACCGUUCGCAACUUGAUAUCUCAGAACCUUAUAAGGUCUACCGUAUUGUUCCUGAAGGACAGCAGAAAUGCAAAUUCGGCAGUCUAUCCAAUGAACAAGGUGAUAUCACGGAUAUGGAUUGUAGUCCACCUGGUUCAGAUGAAAUCAUGAAGGAUGUUAUUGUAGAUUAUAAUGGUAUAAUAAAAAGGAGUCAUUCUCCUCCAGAAGAGGACCGUACAAGUCAACCACAGCUAGACUGGUGGGGUCGACACACAAUUGAAGACUCUUCCAUGUUAUAUUACACAAAUAACUUUGGGCCCAUGCAAGCUAAUUCAGGAUUUUGCCAAAUGAUUGUCACAUUUUACUAUGGAGGAAUUCCGAUGUCCCGGGUUCCGAUUCGCCGGUCCGAUGGCUGUAGGAUAACCGUAAAUCAUGCUGCCAUCACCAGUGACGGGCCGGAAAGCAUGGAGCAGGUUCUGUUCCCACCUACAAACAAGAUCGCGAAUCCUCGGCAACAGCAGGUUACCAACAAACUCUUGACUCACCUAGAGCGUGGGGUACUGCUACUGAGCAACAAUGAGGGGAUCUACAUCAAGAGGCUCUGUCAAGGCAGGGUUUUCUGGAGUGGCCCCUGUGCGCCUUAUGCUGACAGGCCGAACAAGCUGGAGAGAGAUGCGAUAGUAAAGCUUUUUGACACAAAACAGUUUCUGCAAGCCUUGCGCCUUUACACAGAGAACCCACAAUGCAUACCCCCUAAUAACAAAGUGACUAUAUGCUUUGGAGAGGAGUUUCCAGACAUGAAGCCCUUGAGCAAAAAAUUAAUCAUAGUGGAGAUUGAGCAGGUGAAAAGCAAACAGAUUCUCCAAGCAGUGCUUCAGGAAAGGAAUUAUCAAAACAUUAACUUUCAGAUAUCCAAUGAAACAGCAGAAGACAAACUGAUUCUUCAUGAACUUUGCAUGAAUAGUUAUGGCUACCCGAGACCUGUCUUCAGUGAAAACCAGCAGAUAAGCUGAAAAACUCUCUGCUUCAGCCACCUAAAGACUUUGUAAGUUGGUAGCAUUAAAGGAAAAAGUUCCUCAUUGCUGGUUGCCAAUAGCAUUGCCAAGGUACUCGAAAUAUCUUUUCAUUUUUUGUUGACAUUAAUUUUUUUUGUAACAAUACUGAUUGUUGUAAAAUAUAUUUUAUACAAUUUUAUUUUUUACUGUGAAAAACUAUUCAAAGGAGUUUAUAUUAAAAAUAGGCUUUGAACAGACUUAUUCAGACUUAUUUCUGUGAUACUGUUCAUUGCUUUUGGGACACAAGCAGCAAAAGAAAUAUUUAUUAUAUAUUGAGGACAAUUUCUAAGAGGAAGAAACAUUAUUUUCAAUGGAUUAAAAUGAAUCUAGUUUAAUAAUUGCACCUUUUUAUAAUUGCUGUAUAAUGUUAUUGGGUUUGCUUUUAAAAAUUUGUUUUUAAAAAUAUAAUCCUUAGCUGUAUUCUUAAACUUAGAAGCAGACAAAGCUCGCAUUUCAGGUUAUGCAGUAGCUUAGAAUUGUUAGGUGGGACAGUAGAGAUGCAGCAAUGAUUGAAGACUCAGCGACAUAAAUCUACCAAAGAAUGUGAUCAAGUCAGAAAGCGUUCAUGUUCCCUGAUCUCCAGACAUUCCAAACUAAUCUUGUGGAUAAUUUAGUACUUUUUUAUUUUCAAGUGGUCAUUGUUGUAAUGGGGUUCUGUAUUGGCCAUUUUGUGUUCAAUCUUGCACAAGCACCAGUGGAAUAAUGACCAGAUAUCUGUUUCAAUAAAGUUCUGUGCAGGAUAAAUAUUAGUCAGGAUACAGGUGACAACUUGCCUCUUCAAAAUAGCAACGUGAAACACUUAUCAAGAAAAUCUGCAAAUGCUGGAAGCGCAAGCAACAGCAUACUCUCCUAUAUAUCAGUGAGACCCAACAUAGAUUCGGAGACUGCUUCGCUGAGCACUUACGAUCUCCCUGUGGCUACUCAUUUCAAUCCUACUUCCCAUUGUUAUUCCCAUUGUCAGCCCAUGGCCUCCUCUACUGCUGUGAUGGGGCCACACUCAGAUUGGAGGAAGAACACCUUAUAUUCUGUCUGGGUGCCCUCCAACCUGAUGACAUGAACAUCGAUUUCCUGAACUUCUGGUAAUUGAACCUCAUUUUCACCAUUCUCGUUCCCGUUGCCCUCUCUCACAUUAACCCCUUACCUGCCCAUCGCCUUCCUCUGGUGCUCCUCCCCCUUUCUUUUCUUCCAUGGUCUUCGACCUUCUCCUAUCAGGUUCCCCCACCCCCCAAACUGCCUUCAGCUCUUUAUCUCUUUCACCAGUCAAAUUCCCAGCUCUUUAUUUCACACUUCCCCCUAUCCUGGCUUCACCUAUCACCUACUACCUUGUACUUCUUCCUCCCCUCCCCCUACCCUCUUACUCUGACUUCUAAUUUUUUUCCCCAGUCCCGAUGAAGGGUCUUGGCCCAGAAUGUCGACUGUCUACUCUUGUCCAUAGAUGCAACCUGGCCUGCUGAGUUCCUCCAGCAUUUUAUAUGUGUUACUGUGAAGCAUUUGUCCACCUGAGAGUGGUGACUGGAUCUCAUACUAAUGUCUCAUCCAAAAUGCAGCAACUUCACCUGUGUAGCAUUUAUCAUCUCCAGCUGUGAACUGUAUUGGUAUGUCAGUCUAUAUUUUUGUUCUUGGUCUCUGAGGUAAGGUUUGACCAAAAAAACCUUCCUGCUCAGCCACUAAUUUGCUACCAAUAAGACAGCUGAUGUACAAGGGCAGCGACCAGAGCAGUUAUUGAAAUUAGUGGCAUCUAUCAAGUCAGACUGGAAUUGUCACAACAUAACCUUGUUUUAAUGAAACAGUACAAGCAUAUUGGAUCAAUUCUGGUUUUACUCUGAAUGCAAUAUACUUUGCUGGUGAGGCACUAAAAUGCAGACUGCUGUGAUCAAGGACAGCAGAGUUCCUGGAAGAUAAAUUGAUGGCAGUUCCAUCAGAAACUGUUAAGAACUCCUCCUUAUUCUGCAUUGGAAUUUUAUUUCCACACCCAUUUCCACACCCAGCAAAGUUAUCUGCUUUUUAAUCAACACCAUUAUAUAUGAAUCCACAAUAAACAUGCCAUCUAGAUUCCCAAUUUAGCUAUGUUUAAAACAAAUCUGAUUAUUGAAAUAGCUUCGUCUGUGAUGGUUGUUUUUGAUGGACUGUAUUCACAUCCACUCCAGUUAAUUUCUUUAAAGACAUUGUCAGAGUUAUUAUUUACUUUUGACUAGUGUAAUUUCUGUGUGUACAGUGAAAUUCCUCAGACAGCACUCCCAUGUGUCUGUUGUUAAUCUGCUAUUAAUGUUUUUGCUAAAUAAAUGCAGGCAGUUUGGACAUAGGAUAUGCUAUUUGACUUAGCACGUCAGUGCCAGUGAUUAUGACCCACACUUGACGCAUCUCAUCCCCUUUUAACACCUCCCCUAUGUUUCUCUUGAAGGCAUUGAUGAUCUUCACCUCAACAGUACCCUGUGGCACAGAUUUGUGUUCUCUCUCACUUUCCUCACAGGGAAGUUUCUCCUGAAUUAUUUAUAAAAUUAUUGAUGACUAUCUUAUACUUGUGGUUCUCUAAGAAGUGCAGGAACACUGUCAGUCGGAGAGUCUUGCCCAACCAUUAAAGCAACAGAUACAUGGACCAAAUAAAUUGAGUUGUGACUUAAGCAAAGUUAACAACCUGUGAAAUGAAAUACAAAAAAAAAUUAACUUUUGAUAUGUAAAAUGAAAGAAAUGGUCAUAAUUAUGCAAAUAAUUAAACCUGGUGCUCCUAAACCUAUUACCACCUGCACAAAUACACCUCACAAACAAGAGGAUUUGCAGAUGCUGGAGAUCCAGAACAACACACACACACACAAACGGGGAACGCAGCAGGACAGGAAUAAACAGUCGACCUUUCAGGAUGAGACUCUUCAUCAGGACUCCCUUCCCACAACUUUAGUCCCAGACUACCCACAUUGGAUUAUUCAAGUAGCUAUAGUGUAGCUGAACAAUCCAGUUUUGUGCCUCUGUUUAUUCAGUACAAUAUUUUAAGGGUACAUACACUGACUCGUGCUCUUGCAGUUGAUUAUGCUGAAUCUUGCUUCAGUCUAGCACUGUCUAGAUUCCCAGCCUAGGGUCCACAGACCCCUCGGUUAAUGGUAGGAUUACAUGGCAUAAAAAAGCACUGGGGAACUCCGGACUAGAUAAAAAUCCAAUUUCAUAUCUCUCUAACUGAUGGUUAGGAAGUGUUGAGUAAAGUGAGCACAGAAUGGAGCAGCACAGGAACAGUGUUUGUCAGCCCAUGAUGUUCUGUCAACCUAACUAAACUAAUCUCUUCUGGCUAUUGAACGUUGAUAUCUACCCAUUCUCCGCAUAUUCAUGUGUCUAGCUAUGAGCCCUUUAAACUCUUCUGUUGUAUUCGCCUCCACCACCAUCUGUUGCAGUGCGUUGCAGGCCACCACCACUCCAUGUGUGUGUAUUUAAAAAAAAAAGAAGAAAAAAUACAUUUGUGAAUUGCACACAAAAUGCUGGAGGAACUCAACAGGUCAGGCAGCAUCUAGGAUCCUAUUACUGUUCUAAAUAGUGACGUGUUUAGAAUGUUGAGAAGAUGUAGAGCAUUGGCUUUCCAGUGCAAUUCCAGAGUUCGAAGCACAUCUAGAAGCAAGCAAGGUUCUGGAUAACUUGUACAUGAUUGGUCUCUGUGUAUAACAGAGAAGUAAUUUCCUAGAAAUAUCCAUUCCAAUUAGUAGUACUGAAUGUGCUCUCUAAUAGUGGCUGAGCCUUCUGCUUCUGAAAAAUGGUUUUAUUUUGGAUCUGAAUCUUGUGAGAGAAGUAGAACUAACAGCUUCCAUUAUGCAACUUGUAUUCUGCUAUCAACCACAGGUGGUUUUCUUGGUAAAGCUAUUUCUAUAUCGUUGUUCUGGUUCUCAGUGCAGGUUCUUGCAACUCAACCCAUCAUUCAUUCCUAGCCCCACAUUUGGCACAUUCAGAUAGCUGGAGUACCUCGAACACAGAACAUAGAAAACUACAGCAUAUUACAGCCAUUCGGCCCACAAUGUUGUGCUGACCAUGUAACCUACUCUAGAAAUGCCCUAGAAUUUCCCUGCCACAUAGCCCUCUAUUUUUCUAUGCUCCGUGUACCUAUCUAAGAGUUUGUUAAAAGACCCUAUUGUAGCUAGAGUAUGACUGAACAAUCCCUAUGUUUAUUCAUUAAAAAUGUUUUAAGGCUAUCAGCUGACUGUGAUGAAACCUUGCAUUAGCACUGAUGAGACCAAUUCAGGUCUGUAUUGGUCUCUUUAAUAAAUAAGGCCAGUGAUAUCUUCACCAAAAACUACCUAGCCUUCAGCAGUAUUUACUCAGUAUCAAUUCACAACAAAGAUACCCUUUGUCAGUUAAUCGCUGCCAAAAGUACCAAGAUUUUGUCACUGUUAAUUAUUAGCAAUGCAUUUAAGUGAUUCAUGUCAUUGCACUUUGUUUCCUUUCCAAUAAUAUCUGCCUACAUUUUCCAAGAUUGAGUAAUACACAUUGAUUUUGUAUUCUAUAGCCUUUCCUAUAAAUUCCUUUUUCUCAGUCUCCAAUGUCUCUAACCUCAAGUCGAUGUAGUCUUUGAAUUUCAGUUGUAAGCACAGGUUUCAACAUGAGGCUCCUCCACUUCCAACAAUUACUGGGUGAUGAAUAGCAGGCUAGAUUGAAUCCUGUUGAACUGAUUGACCUUUAUAUCAAUAUCAUCAUUAAACCUAAACACAAGAGAUUCUGUAGGUGCUGGAAAUCUUGAGCAACGUAUGCACAUGGUGCUGGAGGAACUCAGCAAGGCAGGCAGCAUUAUUGGGAGGAGAAUAAAUAGCUAACAUUUCAUAGUGAGGCACUUCAUCAGAACGGGGAAGGAAGGGUCAGAAGUCACAAUAAGAAGGAGGGAAUGAGUAUUACAAUAACAAAAAGAGGAAGGAGUACUGGCUGGCUGGACGUUGGGGAGGGGGAAGGUUAGCGGGUGGGUGGUAAAAAGCUGAGGGGAGGUGGGUGGAAGAUAUAAAGGGUUGAAGAAGGAGGAAUCUGAUGGAUGAGGGCAGUGGACCAUGGUAGAAAGGGAAUGGGGGAAGCCAGAGGGAGGUGAUGGACAGAUGAGGAUAUGGUUUACAUUCUGUUAAUUAUCUAGUUAACCCUUGAUGGAAUUCCAAACGGUACAUCUGGUUUGCUGCGAUGCUUUUCAUAGCUAUAACUGACUUCUCCAUCAAAGUUCAAGCAGGGGCAUGACUGCCUGUGUAUAGAAGACGAUACCAGUGGAACCAUGUCUUUUCUUCACCAAGGAAAUCAAAGGAGAGCACAAGAAAAAGUGUAGAAUUAUUUUUUAAAAAUUAUGGAUCUUCUUUUUCCUGUCUUGCAUGCGUGUACUAAGCAAGCAGCUUACACUUUCCAGGUAAACGUUUAGUCAGUAGUUAUAUAACACAUACAAAAUGCUGGAGGAACUCAGCUAGUCAGGCAGUCUCUGAAGGGGAAUUUAUUUCCCUCCCUAGAUGCUGCCUGACUUGCUGAGUUCUUCCAGCAUUUUGUGUGUGUUACUCAAGAUUUCCAGCACCUGCAGGAUCCCUUGUGCUUAUAAUCCAUAGUUAUUAUUAAUUUUCUACUCAUUUCUAGGCAUUAUUUUUCAUAAUAUAUGUAUAUGUGGACUAGGAUGUAAUUUCCAAAAAUAAUAUCAAAAUGAUACAGUAGUUGGUGAAGUGCAAAUUUUAUGUUGGAUUUAUGAUCCAUUUGCACUUGGUUUAUGGUUUCAGAGUAAGCAUGUCUAAAAUAUUAUUUAAUUGAGUGGAAGAAAGGCAUACAAAGUUGCAGAUAUUUCUUAGUUGGAGAGGGAGGGCACAUUGUAAGUUGUUGGUCAUUAAUUAUAUGGUUUGCAUUCCUUGACCCAGGCAUCCUAAUCCUACUGAGACAGAGACUGACUUCAGACAAUUUUUGACCAUUAUUUGGUGUUUAUUUGACAUCUGUACUCAUACUCUGUAGUUUACAUUUGGAAAAAUUCAGCUCAGAUGCAUUGCUACCAGAAUUGGCACCAACUUUGUUUAUCCUUUAGUAUAUUGCUGUAAUACAAAUUGUCAGUGGGUUGAGGUGAUUUCAAAUUGAAGAUUACAGGUUUCUUUCGUCUAUUAACUGUUGGGUGUUUACCAGAGGUUGCUUUAAACCAGGAGUUCCCAAAUUUUUUUGUGCCAUGGACCAAUACCAUUAAGCAAGCUGUCCAUACCCCAUAGGUUGAGGACCCCUGGUUUAAACAGACACAAAUUAAUUUGGGAUUGGUAUGGGGGUGGUGGAUGAUGGCCUGGAGUGUUUAUAGUUUGUUGGGAGAAAAGUAAAUAGUCUAUGGAUCUGGAAUUAGAUCCUGAAAUAUGAUGGAGUAAUUGUUAAUUUGAAAUUUGAGACUGAUUUUAUUUUUGAUAACAAAAAUGUAAUAAUGGAAAUCUAGAAAGAACAGGUAUCUGAAGUUAGGUCACAGAUCAGUUAUGAUCUCAUUACGUGAUGAAACGGGUUCAUAAGACCUAUUUGUGGUCUAAUUUUCCAUCUUGUGACUCAUAACUCAUCACUUAGUUGAAACUAGUAUAUUAUAAUUUUUUUCCUAUUUCUGGCUGCAAAAUACAGUAUGUAAGUUUUUAUAUGUGUAUUCCAAUGAGAGGAACAUAAUAUCUUGUUUGUAAAUAAAAUACUGUAAAUAAAAGUUGUCAUGUUUAA